CGCAGGGAUCCACAAGAACAGCACUWACGACACCGCCAAUCUUGAGCGAUAGAAAGGCCAGYAUCGAAGAGAGUCGAAUCGAACCAUUACCUACGAACCAAAAAUAGCAAUGCCCCCUGUGAAACUGGAAAAGUACAUGAUCGAGAAAGACAGUAUAAUUUGACGAAUCGAAUACGCACACGCAGAAACAUACAAAUACACACAGGGCAUGGGGCAUAGGAUGCAGGCAGGGACCUCGAACCAAAGUCCCAAGAUGGCGACGAGACGACCAACCGCCAAACGAACAACCACUCGAACACGUAGGCGCUCCUCGGAGUUGUGGUGGAGGGCAGCGUGGAUCAUUCUGGCAACGGCGACGACGGCUGCAGCAUUCCCACCCGUUCCGAAUCGGCCUGCCUCUGCCACCGCUGCCUUUGUCGCGGGAACCCGCCCAACGUCACGUUCCACCGGAAACGGACCACCGCAACUUGUUCCCCCGCGAACGAGAACCCCUCCCCGAGAAUCCCACCCGGGGUGGCAACGGCCCCACAGCGAACCACGGAAACCACCGGACCGCCCCCCCUGCCUCUUGCGCAGCUACCGAAGCGAUGCCCACGAGACGACUGUGAGCAAGGCGACCGAGCGUUUGCCACCAAACCCCCCGGGACUUGCCGAGAAGAGGCUGCUUGGUGCCGCGCUGCUGGCCGCCACCAUUGGGCUCUCGGCGGCGUUUCCGCUCCCGGCCCACGCCGGUUUUGGACCCUCCAGCGGGGCCACCACCACGCCCCCGCCCAACCUCAACAGCAUCUCCGCCAACGCCCGCAAGGUGACGUCUCCGGAGAAGGCACCGACCGAAUCUUUCAACGUCGAUCUGGACGGGAAAAAACUCAAGAUCCUCAUCGAUUCUGCCCUCGACUCGCGGAGGCUAGAGGAGUUCUCGGGGCAGCUCGACGCCGUCAUCGACAGCCUCAAGGAGUCCAUCUCGGAGUCCCUCGCGGCGGCAAUACAGGCUUCGGAGGAGGACGGAACCGGAGCCGGUCUUCCGGAGGGUGCCGCGAGAGACAGCGACAAURCUUUUUCCUCCGCCCCUAGCGAAGAGCAACGAAGGGCCCGGAACGCGGAGCGGGAGCGAGAGCUGCUGCAGGCGCAGGUCCUAAGGGAGGAAGUCCUGAAGCAGGAACAGAUCAUUGCAAGGCUACAGAGGCAGCCCUACUGGUUCAACUAUUUUGCCGCCUUUGUCGGAUCUACGGUGAGCACCCUCAUCAUGCACCCGAUCGAUACCAUCAAGACACGGUUGCAGGUCGGUCUCGGGGAGGACGAAGCUGACGACAAUGACGAACAUGAACACGAAUCAUGCGGGCCAUUGCCACCGGACCGCCAUGACAAUCUCUCCCGUCAAAACAGCGGUGCGGAACCCCUUGGUGCUGCCUCGCAAUCGCUGCAAGCGUCGCGAUCGAACGGACGUGCGAGCUCAGACGCAAAUGCAGCCACAGACACAAACGCUUCGAACGGAGAAGAUCACUGUAGCGUCACCGAAAAAGGCCGCUCGGCAUUCUCAUCGGAUACGGGCCUAGUGGCUGCUCCCACGGUCCUGGUAGCGGAUGCGGAUGCCGCAAACCAAACGGAGACUUUCGAAUGCGACGGCACGGAUCCGAUGCACACAAACCAUGGGGGCCGGCCAUACGUCACGAAACCACCAUUGACCAGCGGCAACCCGUUGCUCUUCGAGAACCUCUACGAGGGACUUACCGGCAAYCUCUUCAAGGAGGUACCCCCCUCGGCGGUCUACCUAGGGGUUUACGAAACCGUCAAGUACGCCCUGACUCCAAUGGUCACGAACCCGGCCUAUCUGCUUUGGGUGUACCUCGUAGCCGGAUCGGCCGGAGAGGUUGUCGGGAGCAUCAUCCGGGCCCCGGCCGAAGCAGUCAAGAGCCUGGUCCAGUCCAAGGCCCACAACAGCACCCUGGACGCCGCCAGGAGCGUCCUUCUGGACCCGAGCGGGAGGCAGAACGUGGUCCGGGCGUGGAGCGCCAGCAUCAGCCGGGACGUCCCCUUUGGGGGCAUCCAGCUAGCGGUCUUUGAGACCAUCAAGGCCGCCAUCCUAAAUAACCCGAACAUCGAGAUCGACUCCUCGACCCUCCUGGCGGAGGCGAUCAUCGGGGCAGUGGCGGGCGGGAUCGGGGCCCUGGUCACGGCCCCGGCCGACGUGAUCACGACGCGAAUCAUCACGCAGGACACGGGCGACGGAACGGUUGUUACCACCGCAGACGGAGCCACAAACGCAAACACAAACGGAACCGCUCCCAUGGGCGUUCUGGAAAUGGGCAAGACCAUCUACGAGGAGGAAGGCAUCGGUGCCUUUUUCGUGGGCUGGCAGGCCCGGGUGGGAUACUGGGCCCCGGCGAUUGGGAUUUUCCUGUCGUGCUACUGCUCGGUGCGGCAAGCCGGGCUCACGUACGAUUUGUUUCCGUAGCCUUGUGCAUCACGGAGUGUCCCGGAUUGGCACGGAAUUGCCUGCCAGCGAACCUCAYCCACACACA